CACACUGCUAAAAUUAACAUAUUACAUCUUAUCAGCAGUAGUACAAAACUAAAGGCUAUGGUUCUGGCAUAUCAUGUGCUUUUCUUGAAGAUAUGAACACUUAAAUACUUACUCAGCAAGAAGUGAAAUGGUACAACCAAGUGUCAUACAAAAAAAGGAAAACAAAAUGUAAUGUCAGCUGAUUAUAUCUCUCCCCCCCCCCACCUAGGAAGCAAUGGAGGAAGUGUUUAAUAAUGGUAAAGAGAACUUCUGAAUUCAACUGAAAAACAUUACCAACUACACCUGCAGCUUAUUAAGGAGGGAACAAAUGUUGCAGUGCCAUGAAUACAACAGAACUUCAGAUUACCCGUGCCCUUUCAAGUUUGAAAUCCUUGGUAUCUUCAGCAUCCUAUAACACAGCAUUUAUCAAUGGAAGCAGCAAUAGCACACAAAAACCAAAGGAUCUUGAGUGUAAUUUGGAUGAAGAAAGCACACGUAUCAUUUUGAUUACAGUCUACUCUUUAAUCUUUGUCUUUGGACUGCUUGGAAAUGUGCUUGCUUUGUACGUUUUUCUUUGUAUUCAUUCAAAAAAAAGCUCAGUCCAUGUUUUCCUUAUUAAUACAUCUGUUGCAGACCUAAUUUUGAUCUUUUGUUUGCCUUUCCGGAUAUACUACCACAUCAACCAUAACAAGUGGAUGCUGGGACAGACUUUUUGCAAGGUAGUGGGAAAUGUGUUCUAUAUGAAUAUGUAUGUUAGCAUAUUCCUCUUGACAUUCAUUAGUAUAGAUCGCUACUUCAAAGUUCAUCACUCUACUCAUCAGCAUAAGCUACUGAACAUAAAAUUCAGUUAUCUAAUAUGCUGCAUUACAUGGAUGUUGUCCAUUGCAUUAAUUAUUCCAUUCAUAAUCAAGCCGGAAGGGAAUGAGUCAAACCAAAAAUGCUUCCAUUACAAGGACAAACAGCAAGAUGUUUGGGAAGCUAUUAUUAAUAUAAUCAUUGUGGCAUUUUUCUGGCUGCUAUUCUUGUUCCUUGUAACAUCAUAUGUGAAAAUUGCAAGGACACUUAUACAUCUUUCCAGAGAAAAAUCAACUUUUCCAAAUGCCUCCAAGUACAGAAAAACUGCAAAGAAGUCAUUUAUUGUACUCUUCAUUUUCACUUUAUGCUUUGUGCCAUAUCAUCUGUUCAGGUGUUUUUACAUUCACUCCCAGAUAAGCAGCAGUAAAUGUGACUGGAAACAAAUAAUGGACAAAACAAAUGAGAUAGUCUUGCUCUUCUCUGCUCUAAACAGCUGCUUGGAUCCAGUUAUGUACUUUCUACUGUCUUCAUCAAUAAGGAAAAGGACUUUCAGUAUUAUUUUCAAGAAAAAACCCCACAACAUAAGCACCACAAAUAGUUCCACAACAGAAAUGAAACAAAUUAAUGUUUCUAUACCAUCAAAUCCAAGAGUCAGUUUUAGCAGUAUUUAUUCAAUUUUUCGCAAGCAGUCAAAAUAACUGCAAAAUAAUGACAUGGUCUGAAUAAAAGUAACAUUAUAGGCAUUCAGUUUGAUGUAAAUAAUGGUACUGAAAAGGUAAAGCAAAUGUUCUGUGCUUGUUACUACCAAUUGGGCAAUCUUAAGAUAUAAACAUAGAAUAAUGUCUGACAUCAAAACAUCUGCCGUUUAAACAGAACUGAUAUGAUUAAUGCAGUGUUUACUUACAUGGACAAUAAAAAGAAUCUAACACUUUAAUGCUUAUCUUUUGAUAGAAGAAAAAAAAAACAAUGAACACACAAAAAUUAUAUAAAUAACAGAGCCUGUAUUUGACUACCGUAUGAUAUAUACUAAACUAAAACAAAAAGUAACAACACUGUUAGAUGUUUCUUUUCCUUCUAAUAAAUGUAUUAUAAAUAUCUUUUCUCCGUAAUAUAUAAUUAGCCAAUAGUUUACCACACACAAUUUACAAAACUCUAAAUUAAGUAGAUAUUAAUAAUACAAAAAUAAACAAUGGCCACAGAGAAAGAUUUCAACUGAAUGAUGAAACAAAUGUCUACAAAAUAAAAUAUCAAUUGACAAUGCUCUUGCAAACAAGAUAAAAUUAACAUGUUGUACUAAAAGAAAGUAAAGAAGCCAUAACAUAGCCAAAUAAAGCCAUAUUGUUUCCUCUGAUUAGACUUGUAUAGAUAAACUUUAUGAAUCUUCAAGGUAAAUUUAGAUACAUACAGCAGCAGAAAUAUAAAAAAACAUAGAUGCAGACUCAUAGGACAAAUAAAAUUACUCUAAAAGGUCGAAAGGAAGAAUGGAAUUGCCUGCUAACAGUGGGCAGAAAAGAUCCCCAGAGGUUCUUCUUAGCUGGUGGAAAUGUGAUUGACCAAGGACAUUGUACAGCCCUUCUAAUAUUAAUGGCAUGCUGUUUGAGAAUCCCUAAUGUGAAAUUCCAAAAUCUGAAACUUUUACUGCCACCACUAAAAAAUUCCACAACUGACCUCACUUGCCCAUGUGGGGUUCUGAUCAAUGUUCCUUUACAUUUUUUUUUUUUAAAACUGAUGAACAGAUGUGAAUAAAACAUGAGCUGGUACUUACCGUUUCUGGCUAAUUUCUUCAAUCCCCUUUUGAAAUUCAGGGAAGACAAGCAGGGGGUCCUCAAUGGAGUUUUGGGAGCCAUGGGUGAAAGGCACAAUGACCUGCAAGGCAGUUCCAAACUCCUGCACAGGAGGAGGAGCGGGCAGCAAAAUUUAUUUGUGCUACAUAGUGCAGCUUAAAGGGAGCACAGGCUCUAAUGCUGUGUUGGUGGUAGUUUGUGAACAGCCAUCAUCACUGUCAGAUCUACGUUUAUUACUCAGUGUUUUUUUCUUAUUCUCUGUGUACAGUACCCUUUGAAUCAAAACACAGCACUGUAGUUGGAGACUGAAAGCCUGCUGAUGUUUGUUGUUGCUGUUGUUUAACAGCUAUUACAGGUAUUCUGCUAAUACUAAUGUGCACACACUUUGCUUUAUGCACAAAAUAAUCAAAAUAUUGUACAAAAUUACCUUCAGGCUAUGUUUAUAAGGUAAAUAUGAAACAAAUACAUUUUGUGUUUAGAUGUGGGUCCCAUCCCUAAGAUAUUACAUAUAUAUAUAUGUUUCAAAAUCUGAAAUCAUCCAUUAUACUUCUGGUUCCAGGCAUUUCAGACUAGUGACGUUAAACCUGUAUUUACAUUAUGAAAAAUAAGUUGCAGUUGAAUGUUGUCUGAGACUUCAGUAAUUUCAAGCUGUAACUAUAUGAGGCUUGAACAAUUACAAUCGUUCUUUACAAUGCAUUAGAAGGGGGUACUGUGCUGAAAUUAAAUACCGUAAGAUAAGGUGAGUGCACUAUGAUAUCACAACAGUCCUUAUGCUAUUUACACUUUCAAUUUUUGUUAUUUAAAAAAAUGGAAUAUACAAUUAAAUGUGGGGGUUGGGUUCAGAUGGACAUAUCUGCAAUAGAACAUCACACACUAAGAUUUCUGUAGGUACAGGCCACAGAUCCUUUAAAUUAGCAGCUGAAGCAGAUGCUGCUGUCUAGAGUUUUCUUCGUAGUUUUCUAUUCCUCAAAAACUCAAGCUAUCAACCAUAAAACUAUUAACAAAUAAUGCUAGUAUUACCGUAUUGACUUCUCUCAGCACUGGUAUAUUUAACAAACAGUGCCCUUUUAAUUAAUUUAAUAAGGUUGUGUCAAAUAAAAAUACACUGAAUGCAUAUGUGGGCUGACUCAAUGCAUAUGUGAUUCCUCAGGUUUAUUUGUACAUCCAAAUGAAGGCUAUAUUAAUUUUCAUUUACACAUAUGUUGAUAUAUCCUAAUAAAUUAAAAAAGGAUAGCUUCAAUGCUGUAUACAGUGUCUUGCAAGUGUAAUGAAAUUGUUUUGAAUUUUGUAACUGUUGCAGGGUUAGAUACUGAUAUAAUUUUUCUUUGCUCCUGAUCUAAAUUCACAUUGCAAAAUUACAUGUUAAUGAAAAAAAACUUAAAUGUACUGAAAUAAUACAUAUCAUACAGUUCAAAACUAAAAUAAGUUGCUUCCCUAAGCAUUUAGAGUUGUGUUAUGGUAGCUUUAAGAUAUCACAUAUGAAAGAAAUUACUCUGGUUAACAUAUACUUGCCCUAUAAUUAGCCACUGUAUGUGCAUUAAAAUAAAGUCAUUGUAAUAUAUCAUAUUAAUCUAUUUCCUGUUGUAAUGAAGUGACUUUGUAAUAAAUUGUGUAGAAGAUUUA